AUGUAUUCACUUUGGAAAGAAGUAAGUGAUCAAAUUAAAAAGAAGGCAGAAGAUCUAAAUAACAGUAUUCAAGAAUUAAAUAUAAAUAAUAGUUCCAUAAAAAGUAAUAAUGAUCUCAAGAAAAAUGAAAAUGUAAACGAGAAUAAUCCCGAUCGUAGUUUUCGGGAUAGUAUACAAGAUAAAUUAAAUCUUUUAAAUAAUAAAUAUAUAAAUAAAGACUUUUCAGAAUUACAAUAUUAUAAUGAAAAAUUUAUGAGCGGAUUUAAUAAUAUUAAGAAAAUGGUAGGAGAUAUUUAUAAAGAUAAAUUAAAUAAUCUAAAUAUAAAUGAUGAUGAUUCCAAAAAAAAAAAAAUUUGUUUAUCCAGUAUUGUACCAUGGAAAAAAGCUGAUGUCAUGAUAUCCAAAAUUUAUAGAAAGAAAUAUGAUCAAGGAUUUCCAUUGAACUUACCAGAUCCAUAUAUAAAUAAACAAGUCUAUGAAAGAAUACUAAAAUUAAAUACUGAUAGAAAUAAAAUACUACACACAAAUAUUCUUGAAAAUUAUAAUUUUAAUUGGAACAAAAAAAAAGAUCAAAGUGAACAAAUUAUGAAUGAAGAUCCUAAUUUAAUUAAUACCAAAAAUGUUCUUGUACCUUACUAUAUGUCCGAAAUGCAAUUCUGGAAAUCCUAUUUUUUCAAUAUAGAUAUUAUUUAUAAUGAAAUUGCCGAUGAUAUUUUUGAUAACAAAUUUAAUAUAUUAGAUAAUUAUCCAACAACAAACAUUUUGAAUAAUGAAAUUUAUAUGGAUCAAGUAAAGGAUAAUACUUUUGCGGAAAAAAAAAAUGAACACAUGGAAAAUAAAAAUGGCUACCCAGAUAAUAAAAAUAGCUACCCAGAUAAUAAAAAUGGCUACCCAGAUAAUAAAAAUGGCUACCCAGAUAAUAAAAAUGGCUACCCAGAUAAUAAAAAUAGUUAUUCAAAAAAUGAACAAAAAGCAAACGAAAUAUAUCUUGAAAAUAAUAAUAUAAAAAUUGAAAGUACAAUGAGUAGUAUACCUAACGAACAAAAUAAAGACAAUCCCUUUUUAAACGAGAAAGAGUACAAUUCAGAAAUAAAUAAACAUGUUAAUAACGGAGAGAAGCAUUUUAUAAGUAAGGAAAAAGAAUAUAAUUCUUGUUCAGUAUUAAAGGAUGUGUUGAUUAAAAAUGAAGACGAAAAUAUUACAAAUGACAUUGUAACAAAUGAAAAUGUUGAGGAUGAAAAAAAUCACUAUAACUUAUAUGACAGUAAUUCUAUGACAUCAUAUGAAGAUGUUUAUAUGAAAAAGACGAAUAUAAAUGGAAUAAAUAUAUAUAUGGAUAAUGAUAUACACAUGAACGUAAGUGAAAAAUCAAAUAACUUUAAAAACAUUUUGAAUAACAAUAAAAAAAUCAAUGAUGAUAAUAAAAAAAUCAAUGAUGAUAAUAAAAAAAUUAAUGGUGAUAAUAAAAAAAUUAAUGAUGAUAAUAAAAAAAUUAAUGGUGAUAAUAAAAUUUAUGAUAAAAAUUAUGUUGAUAAUACAGAUGAUAUUUUAUUUUCCUCAAAAAAUGUGGAACCAUGUGAUAUUAAAUUAAAUGAAGAAAGUAAAUAUAAAAAUAUUAAAGAAGACAAUGAACAAAAUAUAUGUCCAUCAGAUAGGAAUAUAUAUUUAAAAGAUAUCUCUAAAAUAAAAAUAGAAAAUAAUGAUUUUCAAAAAAUAUCUGAAUAUAAUACAAAAUUUCUGGAUGAAAUAAGUGAAGCAAAUAGAAGUGCAUGUGAUUUGGAGGAACCAAAAAGUGAUUUUUUUGAUUCUUCAAAUAUAAAAAAAGAAUUGAAUGAAAUGAAAAAUUCAAAAAGGAUAUGUACUAAAAAUGACAUAAUUAAUGAAAAUAUAAAUCCUUUAGACGUACAAAAUGAUAUUAAUAUAAACGAAAUAAUUGAAGAAAUGAAGGAAGAUUCACAUAGUGAUAAUAUAAUACCUAAUAAAAAUAAUAUUCAUGUACAUCAUAAUAUGAAUAUUGAAAUUAAUAAUAAGAGAGAACAAGAAUUAUUUUGUUCUGAUAAUUUAAAAAACGAUUCUGAUGAUAUUGUAAAAAAGGAUGAUAUAAAUUUAGAUGUAUUAAAUUUGGUAAAUAAUAUGGAAUUCGAUAUAGAUGAAAAUAAAUUUAACAAAGAAGAAUUGGAGCAAUUUGAAAAGGAUAUCUUAAACAUGUGA